GCUUCACCGCCAGUCCGCUACGGCAGUCUCCAAGCACUUCAGACCUCUCUUUUCUCUCGGCGCCGAGGAAACAGCUUACGCAUAGCGGGAGCAGACCCGGCCAGUCAGGGGCGACGAGCGCCGGCGGCUGGAAAAUAGAACGUGAACCUACGCCUAAACAGCAGCAGCAGGGGCGAACAGCGAAGAGUCCGGUGGCUUCAGUUCUGUUCCGUUCAACUUAGGCUCUGGCGGUUCUCUGAGAUGUCUGGCCGACAUCCCGAUCACCCGUAGCCGUCCUACACGACCGACUGAUUUCCCUGAACGUCGUCGCAGCAGCUUCCCGCCGGAACUUUUGUCGUACCGAAAACGGUAACUAGUUUCAGAAAUCAAUUCCUGCAAUCGCCGCUGCUUUUGCAGCUCUAUUAGUUCCGAAUGUUAGGGUUUCAUUGAAUUUGCGUUUGUUUGGUCUUCCUUGGUGCUGUGAUUGCUUGAAUUCAGUAAGUAGAGUUGCUAGUGCGAGGAGGCCUUCUGCUGCUGUCCUUCUUGAGAUUUUACUAUUAGCAGGUAGUCAGCUUGUUUGUGUAAGCUUUUUGAACCUUCAUGCUUCUCAAUAUUUGGGAAGCCAGGUUUGCUUCAAGCCGUUCCUUAGUCAUGAGGACAAUUUCCUAUUAAAAUUGUGCCAAGGAACGAACGCAAAAUUCGUGCCCUCUUAUGUGGUUUCGUUUGUUCUGAUGUGGCAGUUGUGACAAGGUUGACAUUCACAAGGUGUAAUCUAAUACUUCGUUAGAAGCAUCGUCUUCAAAUGGAAGAGAAUCAAACAACCUCUGUGAAAGUCAAAGACGCUGUCCACAGAUUACAGCUUUCUUUACUUGACGGUAUCCAGAAUGAAGACCAGCUAUUUGCAGCUGGAUCAUUGAUGUCUCGGGGUGACUAUCAAGAUGUCGUGGUUGAACGGUCUAUUGCAAAGCUCUGUGGUUAUCCUCUUUGCAACAAUGCUCUGCCUUCUGAUCAGUCUAGAAAGGGCCGGUACCGCAUUUCUCUGAAGGAACACAAAGUUUACGACCAACAAGAGACGUACAUGUACUGCUCAUCCAGUUGUCUUGUUAAUAGUCGAGCUUUUGGUGGGAGCUUGCAGGAAGAGCGAUCCAUGGUUCAGAAUCCAGCAAAACUCGCCGAGAUUUUAAGGCUAUUUGACAAACUGAGCUUGGAUUCUGAGGGAAUGGGUAAGAAUGGUGAUUUGGGAAUGUCGAAUUUGAUGAUCCAGGAGAAAGCUGAAGCCAAAGUCGGCGAGGUGUCUUUGGAAGAUUGGGUUGGUCCAUCAAAUGCAAUUGAAGGUUAUGUUCCUCAAAGAGAUCGCAACUCCAAGACUUCAUCCCCAGCCAAAGGCCACAGAACUGAUGAAGUCAAAUCGAGUUCAGAGAAGUAUUCAUUUGUCAACGACUUGGACUUCACAAGCACCAUCAUCAUCAGUGAUGAAUAUAGCAUCUCUAAGACUCCUUCAAGCUUGGCAACAUCUAGUGCAGCAGUGAAGGAUAUAGAAGGGAAGGGAUCUAGUAGAAAGUUCAAGGCUCAAUCAUCUGGUUCAACAAAGCUGAAUUUGGGUAAAAUCUCAAGAACUUCCAACACAGGCAAGUCUAAAGCGGUCAGGAUAGAUGGGAUGGACAAUGAAGACGUGGCUUCACCAUCAAAUCCUCAAAGCACUUCCGGUUUGAUUAAUACUGGAGCUAAAGAGACGAAUGAAGUUGGCAUACGAUCUGGGUUUUGUCAAUCCAGGUUGAAACCAUCGCUUAAGUCUCCUGGUGCAAAGAAACUUGGCCGAUCUGUUACUUGGGCUGAUGAGGAAGCUGGUAGUUCCAAAAGUGACGGCCUUUGUGAGGAUACGGAGAUGAAAGACACCUUCACUGUGACUUCGAUCUCUUCUGUUGAUACAGACAAAGGAGAUGAUGAGAACAAUUUGUUGCUUGAAUCGGCCGAAGCCUGUGCAAUGGCUCUCAGCCAAGCAGCAGAAGCCGUUGCAUCUGGAGAGCUUGACAUUGCUGAUGCCAUCUCUGAAGCUGGGAUAAUCAUAUUACCUCAAGCAGACAUUACGGAUCAGAACAACCUAAUGAAAGAUGAUAAUAUGGAAGGACAUGAGUCUGUAGAUACCAAGUGGCCCAACAAGCCUGGUAUUCCUCGAACUGAUAUGUUCGACCCCGAGGACUCCUGGUACGAUGGUCCUCCAGAAGGAUUCAGCUUGGAGUUAUCCCCAUUUUCAACAAUGUGGAUGGCGCUCUUUGGAUGGGUAACCUCAUCAAGCUUGGCUUACAUAUACGGGAAAGAUGAAAGCUCCCAUGAAGAUUAUCUGUCGGUUAAUGGGAGGGAGUACCCUCAUAAAAUUGUCUUAGGAGACGGUCGCUCUUCCGAGAUCAAACGAACUGUCGAGGGUUGUCUAUCUCGGGCUUUACCUGCUGUGGUCACCGAACUGAGGCUACCGAUACCAAAUUCUACCUUGGAGCAAGGAGUCGGACGCCUGUUGAACACGAUGGGAUUCGCCGAUGCAAUUCCAGCACUCAGAAUGAAACAAUGGCAAGUGAUAGCUAUUCUGCUCCUGGAAGCGCUCUCUGUAUGUCGGAUUCCGGCUCUUACCCCUCUCAUCAGCAAUAGGAGGGGGGUAAUUCACCAGGUGUUGGAGGGUGCUCGUAUUGGUGCAGAGGAGUAUGCAGUGAUGAAAGAUCUAAUGAUGCCUCUGGGGCGUCUUCCUGGUUUUGCAUCACAGAGUGGCGCCUAGUUGUCGUCUUACGAGUAUUAACUAUACUGCUUAUGACGAUCCUUCGAAAAUUCGAUCAUACCUGCCUUUCACGAGAUCUGGAGCGUAGUUAACGAGCGUUUUUGUUUCGAGGUUGUUGAUUGAUUAACUUCUUGUUAGUUUUGAUCUCGUGUCCUUCCGCUAGAACACCACCACCUAUUUCGAAGUAGAAACCAAACCAUGGAGGGAGCUUUGAAGUCUCGAUGUCCUUUUGUAGCAACUCUUCGAGAAUAGCGAUAAAAUUUUCGACUCCUCAACAAUCAAUAAGCAACGAUGUUGAUU